ACUCGAGCACGCGCACGAGCCACCCACCAGCACUCCAGCAGCAGCUCGCCAUGGCUCACCAUGCCUCGGGCGUCCUCCUCUUCCUCCUCAUGGCCUUCUCGUUCGCCGGCUCCGCCUUUGCCGCCGACGCGGCGGUGCUCGGCCGGAAGGCCGGUAUUGGCGCCGUUGCCGAGGAGGAGCCCGAGCUGAAGAAGGCGGCGCCCGGGAAGUACGCGGUGAUCUUCGACGCGGGCAGCACGGGCACGCGCGUCCACGUCUUCCGGUUCGACAAGAAGAUGGAGCUCAUCGACAUUGGCGACGGCGACGACAUCGAGGUCUUCGCCAAGGUGGAGCCGGGGCUGAGCGCGUACGCCGGACGGCCGCAGGAGGCGGCCAAGUCCAUCGUGCCUCUGCUGGAGAAGGCCAAGAGCACCGUGCCUCGCUGGCUCAUGAAGAAAACUCCCGUCAAACUAGGGGCGACGGCUGGGCUCAGGCUCAUCGGAGACGAGAAAGCGGAGCAAAUUCUUGAAGCAGUGAGGGAUGCUGUCCACAGCAAGAGCAAAUUCCAGUACAAUCCCAGUUGGAUCAAUGUUCUCACGGGGUCCCAGGAAGGAUCUUACCUAUGGGUUGCUCUGAAUUACCUGCUGGGUAAUCUGGGAGGAGACUACUCCAAGACGGUGGGUGUGAUCGACCUUGGAGGCGGAUCCGUGCAGAUGGCAUAUGCCAUCUCUGCGGAUGCCGCCGCUGCCGCUCCCGUGGUGCCUCAAGGGGACGAUCCAUACGUCACCAAAGAGUAUCUCAAAGGAAGAGAUUACAACGUCUAUGUUCACAGCUACUUGCACUAUGGCGCAAUGGCUUCUCGGGUAGAGAUCUUCAAGGCGAAGAAUGGACCAGUGAGCUACUGCAUGCUGCGCGGAUACAAUGGCAAAUACACCUACAACGGAGAGCAAUACGACGCCGUAGCGCCUCCGCAAGGAGCGGCAUACGACAAGUGCAGAGAGGACGUCACCAAGGCGCUUAAGAUCAGCGCGCCCUGCCAGGCCAAGAACUGCACCUUCAACGGCGCAUGGAACGGCGGCGGCGGCCCCGGCCAGGCCGACCUCUACGUCACCUCCAGCUUCUACUACAUGGCAGCAGACGUUGGCUUGAUCGACAGUGAGGCCACCAGCGGGAAGACCACCCCUGCGGCGUUCAGGGCCGCCGCCGAGAAGAUCUGCCCGAUGGGCUUCGUGGAAGCCAAGGCCGCGUACCCCAAGGUGCGAUCCGUCGACGCGCCCUUCAUCUGCAUGGACCUCAUCUACCAGUACUCCCUGCUCGUGGACGGUUUUGGUCUGGAGCCGACCAAGGAAAUCACGGUGGCGCAGAAGGUGAAGCAUGGGGAGUACUUCAUUGAAGCCGCGUGGGCGCUCGGAGAAGCCAUCGAGGCCGUCUCACCCACCAAGCGGCUCAACGAUGCAUGAUUUUAGAUAUAAUUGCUAGUCCCUCGCAAUAAGGUGCAAGCAUGUGUAUCGUACGAUUAAUUGAAAUAAGGUGCAUAUGCUUGGACGCCA